UUAAAUAAACGGAGCCGGCAAUUACUUCAAUCCAACCCGGCCCUUAAAUCGAAUUGAUUACUUGUUUUAUUUUUGUGUUAACCCCUUUGUUCUCCGGUCUCCCCUUGCGUCAGAAAUUCCUUGAGCUCUUCACCGGAAAAACUCCAUGUCAAUUUUCAAGACAUUUUGAUAAAACGAAUCAAUUUGCAAGAUCGAUCAGUCAUUGUUAGCUAAUCAUUCUUAAGAAGUUAGCAUCAGAACAAUUCAAAUGUUGUCCUUUUUCAACAUUAUUGGCCUUACAGUAUUGAGCUUCUCAACUUUCUCUUAUGGAUACAGUGUUGACCACAAUGUCUUGUAUGUUGGUAAAGAGCUCUUCGCGGAAACACUACCAUUGCAUAUGGGAUCCCACUAUUACUUGCUUCAAGGGCUUAAACCUUAUACUUGGUAUGAAGUGAAGAUAUCAUACCCGGCUUCUAUACCUGCAAAAUUUUCUUUAGAACUGAGAAGGGGGAACUCUGAUGUCGGGAUUAAUCGGCUAAGAAAAUUGCUGAAUACAGAGAAACUUAUAUUCAAAGCAGGGGACCUUGAUGAGAUCAAUCGUGAGGGUGAAUUGUAUGCUCUGGUAACUGUGGAACCUGAGGGAUUUGUUGCCAUACCUGGUGUCUCGGAAAGGGAAAAUAUCUUGUUUAAUAUAGUUUGUGAUGAGCUGAUGCUGGGCAUUCCCCACGAAGCUUGGCUGGUUGCAGCAUUAGCUUUGCUAUGCGUGGUGGUGGGUUUAACGAUACCUCGAUUUCUUCCACCUUACCUUCUGCCAAAGGAUCAGCACUCGCAAAGACCUGGACAGUUGGUCACUGCCAGUGAUAAGGAUUCCUAGCUCUAGUUGAUCAUAAGGUUCUUUCUCAAUGGUCCUGCUUUGGGUGGAAUGAUUUUCCUUCUUGGUUAGUCUAUGAAGGAAACAAAGGGAAAAUUUGGUGUAGAUAACGAGAGAGCAUUCAGGUUGACGCAAGCAGGGAACUAAGGGCAAUUGGAAUGGGAAUGUAGGUGAGCAGAAAAAGAAAAUACAUGAAGAAGCCGUUUCAAAACAAUGUGCCCUGCAAUUAAUUUGGUGCCAUUGAUUGCUGUUAAAACUAUUUGUUGCUCACAUUUGCCAGUGAUAUAAUUGAAAAGUUGAGAACCGAAAUUUUUAUAGCUGUUUUUGUUCACUUAUGUACCUCCUUCAUAGUUCUCUGCAAGUGGUUCUUCACUGCCAAUUAAUUUGAUAAUUGAUACUGCCUCAAUCAAUUUGAAAUAGUAUCAUUUGAUUUAAAAAAUUUCACAUUUUAAAAUUAAAUAGUGUUAUUUCAGAGGGACAAGAGGAAUAUAUUUUUUGGAUUCAAACGUAAACUAAAAAAUCCUUACAAGUUGCAUGUUGAUUUUAGAUAUUGACAUUUGAUGGGUUAGUUCAUUUUAUUGUCUUCAAGGUAAAAGUGAGUGAAAUUGUUGAUUCCCAAGAGAAUUUUGUUUUCUCUAAU